AUGAGCUUUCUAACGUCCAUUCUCAGUUCCCUCUUUUUGUUUUCUAUUGAUGCCUUUUCCUUCUUUCUUUCUUUCUCAUCCACCUUUCUUAGUUUUCUUUCUUUCUUUCUCUUCCACCUUUCUUAUUUUCUUUCUUUCUUUCUUUCUCUUCUACCUUUCUUAGUUUUCUUUCUUUCUUUCUUUCUUUCUUUCUUUCUUUCUUUCUUUUCUUUCUUCUCCCUUCUACCUUUCUUAGUUUUUUUCUUUCUUCUUCUUUCUAGCUCCCUUACGUCUCUUUCUCCCCCACUUCUAUCUCAGGCUUACGGCCACAUCACCACAGCGACUUUCGCUGCUGAUUUGUGUGCCCAUUUGCUGAAUCUUGAGGAUCAAACCAUGAAAAAGCGUAGUAACCAAAUUAGGAUUCUGACUCUUCGUAAGGGUGAGAACUUGGAGACAACAUUGUUCCGCCUUGAGAAAGAAUGGAUCCUACGUUUUGUUCUUGGCCCAUCUCUUCAUGCCGACAAUAUUCGGAUGUUUACCAAUCAUCCCCAAAGUCGCUCUGAAGUAUUCAAGCGACAAGUGUUCCGCGAACUGAAAUGGUCUAGUGCUUGCAACAUGAAAAAUGACCGUCAUGAUUCUUACAUUGAUAUCCAGAUGGUCAUUCCUGGUUCAUUCAAUUACUACUUCACUAUCGAUGGCAGUGAUAGUUUCCUGAAUGCUAAUGGAAAAGGUUACUUUUUGGUAGACCCAUCUUUGCCAGUUGGUGACAAUGAGGAGAUUCACAUGGACGGCAUCCAGUGCCAGACAGUCCUCUCAAAAUCACUGGGUCCAUUUGAAGAAUGGAAAGCCCGUCUGCAGGUAGCCAAGGAAUCUGGCUAUAAUAUGAUCCACUUCACUCCUCUGCAAAAACUUGGUGUCUCCAAUUCUUCGUAUUCCAUUACAGACCACAAGAGUUUGAAUCCCAUUUUCAGCAAGAACAAACCAGUGACCUACAAGGAUGUGGAAGAAUUUACUCGCUGGAUGAACAAAGAAUGGAAGAUACUUACUGCCAAUGACUUGGUCUUCAACCACACAUCUAAGUGUAGUGCCUGGCUGCAGCAGCACCCUGAAUGUGCUUACAACUUAGACAACUCUCCCCACUUGAAACCUGCCUUCCUUAUAGACAGGAUCUUCCACCACUUUUCUCUGCAAGUGUCAAGGGGAGAAUGGAAGCACUUUGGUGUUUCCCCUGUGAUUGAGAAAGAGGAACAUAUGGAUGCUAUAAGGCACUUGCUGCACACACAAGUCUUCCCACAGUUCAGGCUUCAUGAAUUUUAUCUUUGUGAUAUUGAAGAAACUAUCAGAAAAUUCCGUCGCCGAAUAAAGGGAAAUUGUGAACCUGUCAAAAACAAAGACAUUGUCAUAAUUCCUGAUGAAAAAUUUGUCCGCAUGAAGGGUAGCAUUGAUUUUGAUGUGGCAGUGGGAUAUUACAACAUUAAUAGAUUGGAAAUUGGCAACUCUGAAGAAAAGUUGGAUGAUUAUUGCCAUAUGCUGCGAGAGAAGUUGCAACAAAUGAAUGACCAAGUAGGCCGUGAUACUGGCCAUCACAUUGAUGCUGCCAUUAACAACUUCUUGGCCAAUGUCCGCUAUCGAUUCUUGGCUGGAGAUGGACCUAGAGUGCAUAGAGUUACAACUGAUGAACCUCUUAUGCAUGAUUACUUCACUAUGCCUUCUAAAAUGGAAAGUUCCAUACAGGAAGAGGAAAAGUUAAUGUACACUGAUAAUGCCAAAUACAUCAUGGCAUGUAAUGGUUGGGUUAUGAAUGAUAAUCCAUUGCGAAAUUUUGCUGAGCCUGGUAACUUUAUCUAUUUCCGCCGUGAGCUGAUUGGCUGGGGUGACAGCAUCAAACUACGUUACGGCAAGUGUCCUGAAGAUUGCCCAUUCUUGUGGCAACACAUGAAGGAAUAUACCGAAUGCACUGCCAAAAUUGCUGAUGCCAUUCGCUUAGACAAUUGCCACAGUACACCACUGCAUGUGGCUGAGUACAUGAUUGAUGCUGCACGUGCCAUCCGCCCAGAUCUUUAUGUCUUUGCUGAGCUCUUUACCAGCAGUGAAGCUACUGACAACCUUUUCAUGAAUCAUUUAGGCAUCAACUCUCUCAUCAGAGAAUCUUUAGCUGCCUGGAAUGCCCAUGAGCUUGGGCGUCUUGUCCAUAGGUAUGGAGGUCAACCAGUUGGUGCUUUUGUGCAACCUCAUGUUCAGCCACUCACCGCCACCAUGGCUCAUGCCAUCUUCUUUGAUCAAACUCAUGACAACGAGAGUCCUAUUGUUAAACGCAGUGUCUACGAUAGUCUCCCUUCUACAGCUCUAGUGGCCAUGUCAUGCUGUGCUUCUGGUAGUAACCGUGGAUAUGAUGAAUUGGUUCCCCACCAUAUUCAUGUGGUGAAUGAGAAUCGAAUGUACAUGCCAUGGACUUCUAAAGAUUCCAGUCCAACUGAAUGCACCAUGACAUCUGGCAUUUUGCGAGGCAAAAAGAUCCUGAAUGAUUUGCACAGUUAUUUAGGAAAAUCAGGUUUUAACCAGGUUUAUGUUGACCAGCUUGACUCGGAUGUUGUGUCCGUGACAAGACACAGCCCCAGCACACAUCAGAGUAUUGUUCUGAUUGCUCGUACAUCUUUCAGCUUCCCCCAUGACCCCAACAACGAUGGAACUUACAUCAAGACGGUGAAUCUCCCUGGUAUCAUUGAAGAUGUGCUUUUUGAGAUGAAGAUGGUUCACAAAGACAGCAGUGAGUACAGGCGACACCAGGAACACAUCAAUGGUUUACCCAACUACCAAAUGCAGAUUACUGAGAAAAUAAAGGCGGAACAAAGCAAGAUGAUCUUUGUUAGUCAUGUGGAUGAUAAUGGAACUCAGAUUAAUUUCAAGAACUUCACUCCCAGCAGUGUCAUUGCUUUUAGACUUUCACUUCCAAUACAAUCUAAAGACGCAAUUCUGAAGGUUCGCAGUCACUUGAACCAAUUUGGUUAUGUGAUGAGAUCUUACAGUGGCCGCUCUCUCUUUGACAAGGACUCUGAAGCCUCCAACUUCAGAGAAAUUGUCAGCGAAAUGGAUUUCUCUGCCUAUAACAGAGCCAUGUUCCGUGUGACAAGUGAAGAUGAAUCUGAUGGAAAGGGAUUCCGAAGUUAUGACAUUCCCAACUUUGGAAGCCUCACCUACUGUGGUUUACAAGGUAUCUGUGAUCUACUGAACAGAAUUCGUAGUAAUAAUGACCUUGGACAUCCUGUGUGCAACAACCUCAGGGAUGGAGACUGGUUGCCUGGUUACAUUGCAGACAGACUUAAAGCUCAUGCAAACACAAGAGAUCUUGGGCAAUGGUUUGAAAGUGUAUUCAGAUGUCUUCGCAAAGUUCCUCGUUAUUUGAUUCCUUGUUAUUUUGAUGCCAUUGUGUCUGGGGCCUUUAUGAUAAUGAAGGAUAACAGCAUAGAUAUGAUGUCUGAGUUCAUCGUUGAAGGUUCAUCAUUUGUCCAAGCUCUUGCUUUGGGUUCCAUCCAGUUUUGUGGAUUUGUCAAACAUGCUGAACUUCCCCCACUGGCCGAUGACAUUCAUGAACCUCGUCCAAAGACCCUGUAUACUGACGAGAAAGGCAGAAAGCAUCUGGAUGUCCUCUCCCUGGCUGCAGGUCUUCCUCACUUUGCCAGUGGAUUUGCCCGAAACUGGGGUCGAGACACUUUCAUUGCAAUCAGAGGUGAUUUGCUUCUGACUGGAAGAUUUAAUGAUGCCAGGUACCUCAUCUUGGCCUAUGGUGGCUGUUUGCGUCAUGGCUUGAUCCCUAAUCUUCUCCUGGAAGGUGAGGGUGCACGCUACAACUGUCGUGAUGCAUUCUGGUGGUGGAUACAGUGUAUCCAAGAUUACUGUAAACUGGCUCCUGAUGGACACAAGAUCCUUGAUGACAAGGUUGCGCGCAUCUAUCCUGAUGACCACUGUGCUGCUAAGAUAACUAACCCUGUUAUCAUGCCAUUGAAAACAGUCAUGCAGGAAGGCAUGGAGAAACAUGCCAGAGGUGUGAGCUUCCGUGAAAGAAAUGCAGGUCCUCAAAUUGAUUACCAUAUGUCAGACGAAGGUUUUAAUGUCAAUUUUGGUGUUGACUGGAAGACUGGAUUUGUGUAUGGUGGAAACAAACACAACUGUGGUACGUGGAUGGAUAUGAUGGGCAGUUCAGAAAAAGCUGGAACGCGAGGAAAGCCCUCCACGCCCAGUUCAUAUCUAUCUAUCUAUCUAUCUAUCUAUCUAUCUAUCUAUCAAUUUGUUCAUAUCUCUAUCCUGUUCCUAUAUCUAUCUAUCUAUCUAUCUAUCUAUCUAUCUAUCUAUCUGUCUGUCUGUCUCAAUCUGUUUAACUAUUUAUCUCAUUCUGUUCCUCUAUCUAUCUAUCUGUCUGUCUGUCUCAAUCUGUUUAACUAUUUAUCUCAUUCUGUUCCUCUAUCUAUCUAUCUAUCUGUCUGUCUCAAUCUGUUUAACUAUUUAUCUCAUUCUGUUCCUCUAUCUAUCUAUCUAUCUGUCUGUAUCAAUCUAUUUAUCUAUUUAUCUAUCUAUCUAUCUAUCUAUAUCUCAAUCUAUUUAACUAUUUAUCUAUCUAUCUAUCUAUCUAUCUAUCUAUCUAUCUAUCUAUCUCAAUCUGGUGUGGAAAUCAAAAAUGAUGCCGCACCAGGAAACACAAAUAAGAUCAUCACAUACAAAAACUGGGCUGAAAAAAUUCAGAACAACUUUGAGAAAUUGUUCUGGAUCAAGAGAGAUCCCUCCACUCAGGAUCCUGAUUAUAAGCUCAUUAACCGUCGUGGUAUUUACAAGGAUAGCUACAACGCCUCUGAAACUUGGCGGGACUAUCAACUGCGACCCAACUUCCCUAUGGCUAUGGUUGUGGCUCCGGAAUUGUUCACACCAGAAAAUGCCUGGCAUGCUCUGAAAGUUGCUGGCAGUGUGCUGCAAGGACCAUUGGGUAUGAAGACUUUGGAUCCCACUGAUUGGAAUUACUGUGGAUUCUAUGAUAACAAUAAUGAUUCUAACGAUCCGAAAGUUGCCAAGGGCUUUAACUAUCACCAAGGACCUGAAUGGGUCUGGCCCAUUGGCUUUUUCUUCCGAGCCAAACUCUAUUUUGCCAGACUAAUUGAAAAGUCUCAGCCUGGCACCUUACAAACGUGUGUCAAUGAAGUGAAGACGGAUCUGACAAGACAUUACCAGCACAUUGUAAAUUCUCCUUGGAAGUCUCUUCCCGAGCUGACAAAUGAAAAUGGAGCGUACUGUCAUCCAAGUUGUCAGGCCCAAGCAUGGAGUGAGCUUGCUCUCUUUCUCUCUCUCUCUCUCUCUCUGUCUUUGUUCGGCUGUCGUCUCCCCACUGACCACUGGCUGACUAUCUGCCUCAAGUGGCUGAAUGUUGAUGUCAUCUGCCUCAAGUGGCUGAAUGUUGAUGUCAUCUGCCUCAAGUGGCUGAAUGUUGAUGUUAUCUGCCUCACGUGGUUGAACUCGGGUUAG